GAACUUUAAGAAUGGUUAAGAAUUGAGAAGAAAGUUAAACAUAUAACCUAUAUACAGUUUUAUCGGAACACAGUUUUUUUUCCACUAAAAUGAAUAAAGUUCAACGAUGUCGGAAAGCAAUUAAACAAUUAUGCUUCGCUUAUAUACCUCAAAUCAAUUUGUUAUUUAUUCGAAAUUAUAGUAUAGAAGGAGAUUUAAGUAUAAAUGUAACAAAAGACAAGAGACAAAGUAAGAAAACAGAAUCCGCAAAUUUCGAACAAAUUUCGCAGUUUUCAAAAGAUCAAGUUGAAAAUAAUCUAGUAAUUCCAAGACAGGAUACUUUCGCUUCAUUACUUCGGCAUUCUAAAUUCAUAGAUCUAGGAAAUCCAGAAGGAAAAAUAGUAUUGGGAGAAAUUUUUCAUAUUAUUAAUGAUGAUUUAUAUAUUGAUUUUGGAUGGAAAUUUCAUUGUGUGUGCCCAAGACCUCAAAAAGACUCAUUGCAAUAUAAAAGAGGCUCAAAAGUCAAAUUAUUAAUAAAAGAUUUGGAAUUAUCAACACGAUUUUUAGGAGCAUCUACAGAUCUAACAAUGUUAGAAGCAGAUUGUAUUCUUCUUGGUUUAGUGCAUACUUUAUCUGACAAAAUAAAAGUGUAAUUAUUUUCUUAAAUAAAGAAGAAAAGUUUAAAGAUUAAAUUA